AUGAGUGUCCGUAAGUGCAUUACUUCGGGUUCUACUACUAGUAUUUUGAAGGAUCCUUGGCUCAAUGAUGAGCAUCAGUCUUUCAUUAUGUCUUCUAAUCCGGCGUUGGUUAAUCAACAUGUGUCAGCGUUAAUGAAGACUACUUGUAGAGAGUGGGAUGACGAGGUGUUGUUGGAUGUUCUUUGUGACCGUGAUUAUAGGUUAGUCAAAGCUAUUCCUCUUAGUCAGUCGGUUGAUGAUGAUUUUUGGUUUUGGUUUAAGGAUAGUUCGGGUAUGUUUACUGUGAGGUCGGCUUAUAAUCUAAUUCAGGAAAAUAAAGGUUAUCGGGGCCAAGCUGAUAACUCUGGGUUUUGGCGUUCUCUUUGGCAGUUGAAGGUACCUCCGAAGGGAGCGGUUGAAACUAUCCUGCAUAUACUUGUGGAGUGCCCUUUUUCUCAGAAUUGCUGGCGGGCUGCUGCAAUUCCGAGCUUCCCUUCGAUUGCUUCUAAUUUUGCAGGUUGGUUUGAUGAUGGAAUUAAGCACUCUUCGAUUGAGGAGGUGGUGUCAACAGCUUCUCUUAACUUUGUCUCUUGGAGUGAUGCUCAAAAAAAGUUCUCUACUUCUCCUAAUGACUUGGGUCAUGAGCGAUAUGGUGAGCAUUGGACUAAACCGGAGUUAUCUUAUAUCAAAGUUAAUGUUGAUGGCGUUAUUUUCUCCGAAGAAAGUCGUUUUGGUUUCGGGAUGGUGGCUAGGGAUAGCACUGGCGUUGUGUUGGAGGCAGUUCAAACGUGUCGUUCGGGUUCUUGGGGUCCUCUAAUGGUGGAAGCAUGGGACUAA